AUGAAGAAGCAUGCGUUCAAGCCGCCGCCCAACUGGGAGAAGUUGUACGUCAGGGUGAAGGAACUCCGCGAGGGGCUGGAGGCUCCGGUAGACACACUGGGAUGCUCGAAACUCUUUGAUAAAGCAGCGUUGCACGAGACGAGACGAUAUCAUAUCCUAUUGGCUCUGAUGCUGAGUGCUCAGACAAAAGAUCAUGUGACGGCGGCGGCAAUGCACGCUCUUAUUCGAAUCGGGUGUACCCCUGAAGUGAUAGCGAAGAUGCCGGAGAAGACACUUGAUGAAUUUAUUUCCAAAGUAGGCUUUCAUAACAAAAAGGCUAAACAUAUUAAAGAGGCGACAGAUGCUAUUUUGAAAAGGCAUCAAGGGAGGGUGCCGCAUUCCUACGAGGAUCUCAUUGCGCUUCCUGGCAUUGGUCCCAAGAUGGCCCAUCUGUUUCUCCAGGAAGCAGACGGAGUGGUGUUGGGCAUUGGUGUAGAUACCCACGUCCACCGCAUCAGUCAACGCUUUCUUUGGGUCCCAUCGACGGUGAAAACGCCGGAAGACACACGAAAGGCACUCGAGUCCUGGCUCCCACGGAAGUACUGGGGUGAGAUAAAUGGACUGCUUGUGGGUUUAGGGCAAACCAUAUGUACCCCCCGCUUACCGCGUUGUUCCGAGUGCCCAGCUUCGGAUCUAUGCCCCAACGCUUUUAAGGAGGCGAAGAGGAGUGGAAAAAGAGGCAGGGUGCCUGAUAUCGAAGAUGUCGAUACCCGGUGA